AUGGAUGACCACUACUAUGUCUACCUCGGACUGGCUCUGGUGUCGCUGCUCGUCGUGCUCGCGAAGCGCCGGCGCGGGCCGGCGGACGGGCGCCAUGGCUUGCGGCUUCCGCCGGGGCCGUGGCAGCUGCCGUUCAUCGGCAGCAUGCACCACCUCUUGGGCCAGCUCCCGCACCGCGCGAUGCGGGACCUGGCGCGGCGCCACGGGCCGGUGAUGCUGCUCCGCAUCGGCGAGGUGCCCACGCUGGUGAUCUCGUCCAGGGAGGCGGCGCGCGAGGUGAUGAAGACGCACGACACCUCGUUCGCGUCGCGGCCGCUGAGCGCCACGGUGCGCGUGCUCACCAACAACGGUCGGGACAUCAUCUUCGCGCCCUACGGGGAGCACUGGCGCCAGCUCCGCAAGCUCGCCAUCACGGAGCUCCUGAGCGCGCGCCGGGUGCUGUCCUUCCGCGCCAUCCGCGAGGAGGAGGUCGCGGCCAUGCUGCGCGCGUGCGCCGCGGCGGCCGCGGAGUCGCGCCCCGUGGAGAUGCGCGCGCGGCUGUCGGCGCUCGUGGCCGACGCCACGGUGCGCGCCGUGAUGGGCGACCGGUGCAGGGACCGCGACGUGUUCCUGCGGGAGCUCGACCGCUCCAUCGGGCUCUCGGCGGGGUUCAACCCGGCGGACCUGUGGCCGUCCUCCCGCCUCGUCGGCCAGCUGAGCGGCGCCGUGCGGCGCGCGGAGGAGUGCCGCGACACGGUGUUCGGGAUCCUCGACGGCAUCAUCAAGGAGCACCUGCAGAGGAUGGACAGCGCCGGCGCCGGCGCCGGUGAGGCCGAGGACCUUGUCGACGUGCUGCUGAAGAUAUAUAAGGAUGGCAGCCUCCAAAUCCCGCUCGACAUGGACGUGCUUAAAGCCGUCAUCUUUGACAUCUUCGGCGCCGGCAGCGAGACGUCGGCGACCACGCUGGAGUGGACCAUCGCGGAGCUGAUCCGGAACCCCAAGGCCAUGCAGCGGGCGACGGCCGAAGUGCGCGAGGCCUUCGGCGCGCGCGGCGCGGUGGCCGAGCACGCGCUGGGCGAGCUCCGGUACCUGCACCUCGUCAUCCGGGAGACGUUCCGGCUGCACACGCCGCUGCCGCUGCUGCUCCCGCGGCAGUCCCAGGAGCCGUGCCGCGUGCUCGGCUACGACGUGCCCGCGGGCACCACCGUGCUGAUCAACGUCUGGGCGCUGGGCCGCGACGGGAGGUACUGGUCCGGCGACCCCGAGGAGUUCCGGCCCGAGCGCUUCGAGGCCGAGGCCAGCGCCGUGGAGUUCAAGGGCGCCGACUUCGAGCUCCUGCCGUUCGGCGCCGGCCGGAGGAUGUGCCCGGGGAUGUCGUUCGGGCUCGCCAACGUCGAGCUCGCGCUCGCCAGCCUGCUGUUCCACUUUGACUGGGAAGCGCCCGGCGUGUCCGACCCCGCCGAGUUCGACAUGACCGAGGCGUUCGGCAUCACCGCGAGACGGAAGGCCAACCUCCUCCUCCGCCCCAUCCUCCGCGUGCCCCUCCCCGCAGGUGUCUAA